ACAGCCUCUGAUUACGACAUGGCUGAGAUCACCAAUAUAAGGCCUAGUUUUGAUGUCUCACCUGUGGUAGCUGGCCUCAUCGGGGCCUCUGUGCUGGUGGUGUGUGUCUCGGUGACUGUCUUUGUCUGGACAUGCUGCCACCAGCAGGCAGAAAAGAAGCACAAGACCCCACCCUACAAGUUUAUUCACAUGCUCAAGGGCAUCAGCAUAUACCCAGAGACCCUCAGCAACAAGAAGAAAAUCAUCAAAGUGCGGAGAGACAAAGAUGGCCCUGGGAGGGAAGGUGGACGUGGGAACCUGUUGGUGGAUGCAGCAGAGGCAGGCCUACUAGGCCAAGACAAGGGUCCCAGGAGCCCUCACUCUGGAUCUUGUAUAGACCAAUUACCCAUUAAAGUAGACUAUGGGGAAGAACUGAGGAGCCCUGUUGUGAGCCUGACCCCCGGGGAGAGUAAAACCACUUCUCCAUCCUCUCCAGAGGAGGAUGUCAUGCUAGGAUCCCUCACCUUCUCAGUGGACUAUAACUUCCCCAAAAAAGCUCUGGUGGUGACAAUCCAGGAAGCCCAUGGACUGCCAGUGAUGGAUGACCAGACCCAGGGCUCUGACCCCUACAUCAAAAUGACCAUCCUUCCUGACAAGCGGCAUCGGGUGAAGACCAGAGUUCUGCGGAAGACCUUGGACCCCGUGUUUGAUGAGACCUUCACCUUCUAUGGCAUCCCAUACAGCCAGCUGCAGGACCUAGUGUUGCACUUCCUCGUCCUCAGCUUUGACCGCUUCUCCCGGGACGACGUCAUUGGGGAGGUCAUGGUGCCAUUGGCUGGGGUAGACCCCAGCACAGGCAAGGUACAACUGACCAGGGACAUCAUCAAGAGGAACAUCCAGAAGUGCAUUAGCAGAGGGGAGCUCCAGGUGUCUCUGUCAUAUCAGCCUGUGGCACAGAGAAUGACAGUGGUGGUCCUCAAAGCCAGACACUUGCCGAAGAUGGAUAUCACCGGUCUCUCAGGUAAUCCUUACGUCAAGGUGAACGUCUACUACGGCAGAAAGCGCAUCGCCAAGAAGAAAACUCAUGUGAAGAAGUGCACUUUGAACCCAGUCUUCAAUGAAUCUUUCAUCUAUGACAUCCCCACUGACCUCCUCCCUGACAUCAGCAUUGAGUUCCUCGUCAUCGACUUCGACCGCACCACCAAGAACGAGGUGGUGGGGAGGCUGAUCCUGGGGGCACACAGUGUCACAGCCAACGGUGCCGAACACUGGAGAGAGGUCUGCGAGAGCCCCCGCAAGCCCGUGACCAAGUGGCACAGCCUGAGCGAGUACUAA